CCGGCGUACAGUAACCGCCCUCUGUGUACAAACCGCGGAUUUUUGAACGUUACCAUUGUUAUUGCGAUAAUUAGUCAGACGGACUGACUUUUGUUACACUCUUAAACAGAAAUUACAGAUUGUGUCAGAACAUCAUGACGUCUAUUACCGACCCAAGCAUGAGGGACAGGUUCACCAGUUCAUUGGAGGAGAUCCACAAUAAUCACCUUAAAGCAUAUGCAGAGAUAAUUGACACAAUUUCAGAAUUAUCACACAAUCACAGACAGUUUGUAAAAUCUGCAUUUGACACAUGUUUGAAGAAAUGCAAGGAUGACAAGAAGCUGUUUGAGACGAUACAAGAAUUUAAAACGGAUCUGGAGAAAAAAAAAAUAGCACUGAAGGAGAAACGGCACGCCAUAUCAGAGGUGAUGUCUGAGAUUGAGGAAAAAGAGAUGCAGAAAGAGGACAUCAUCCUAAAAAUUCAGAAACAUAAAGAAGAGCAAAUGAAGAGAAAAGACUUAAUCGAGUCUCAGAAUAGAGCAAACAAAGACAGACUGAGAAACCUCCAGAAAGCCAGGCUUGUUUUCCAGGAUCAUUUGGGGCUGGAGAUUCGAACGAUUAUCGACAAGACGCAGAAGGUCAAAGGUGAAAAGUUGCAGUUUAUUUUCCGAAACAUCAGUCUUACUGACCAGGACAGCGCUUAUGUCAUUACAAUGGGGAUUAAAGAAAAUGGAUCGUACCAGAUUGUGUCCAGCGAUCCAGCGCUCGAGUGCUUGCCAAUCCUGGAAAGCCGACUCCAGGAGACCAAUAAUUUACCAGCAUUCCUGGCUAAUGUCAGAAAGGAGUUCAUCUCUAAGGCUCGCUCCUGAGAUUUCACGGUAUGCUUACAAAAGGCGGUGGGGUUUCUACUGCAAUCCAGACUGAAGGAAAGGAUGGUUACAUGGAAUAUGAUCAAAGGGGGGCACCUGAUCUGUAACCAAAUGAUCAACUUUAAGAUGAUACAUCUGCCUUUAAAUUUCUGUGAUGUUUUUUAUACUCAAGUUCUGCCUCAUACAAAAUGUAUAUAUUAGAUCUUCAACAUGUCAUGUCAAAUAACUAAUCAUUUAAACAUAAGCAGUUUUCAUUUAUUUUUGUUUUAAAAUCAGUGCUCUUUUUACAAACAUCAGGAACAUCAAUGUUUUUUCCCCUUGUGUAUAUUAUUUUCUGUCUUGUAAUAAACUACAUGUUUUUAAAAAGA